AUGGGCGGCCUGGGAUAUGCACCAUACCCACGCGGGGUGGGUCGUGGGCAGGGUUCUCAGCGAGGAGAUCGCCACAGCCAGAGAAACUAUGGAGAUGGUGGCCGUGGCGUUCCGCGCGGAUCAGGAGGUAGUCCGACCGACCCAUCUGGUCGCCCCCAGGCCAAUCGGAAGGGGAAAAAGGCAAAUCGUAGCAAUAGCAGUCGUCAUGCACACGGAGAGCGUCACAAUGAUACCAAGGGUGAUGGGAAGGCGGAAGGGAAUGGCUCACUGGCAAACCGCGAAGGUGGCCGCCCCAGGGAAGAAAAGCCCAAGCCUGAACCCAAUUUUAAUUCGAUGCACUUUCCCCCACUACCCAUGGCAAAUGAUACUGCGCCGACGGGCGCCGCGCAGGUUUCGCCUUCGAAGCCGAAGGAAGCCAUGCCGGUUCAGACAGAGGUGCUCGAGCCUAGAGCCUUGACUACGAAAACCAGCACGGGGGAUGCAAAUGCCGGUUCUAAGAUUCGUCCCGACAGCAAGGCUGAUUCUCAAGAUGCUGCCAGCUUAGAUACAAACACAUCAGCAGUCUCGGAAGUCAGGGACUCCGUCGCAGACUCACUACUCACAGAAGGAGGUGAGAAGGCUGAACCGGGUGUAAGUGGCGCCACGCAUGAGACAUCCAAAGCAAGUGCAAAUGCCAAUGUGCCGGAGGAUCAGACUAAAGACUUACGACCGAGUAAGGCCGCCGAAAUUGGCAUCCCCGUUUCAAGCCAAGCCAAUGGAGCUGGCAUGUCGUAUGCGGCUAUUUUGCGAUCCAAGAAACCGUCGCGUCCGAGCGUAUCUAUCCAACUGCCGAGAAUGAGGUCAGAUUCUUCGGCGAAGUCGGGAAAUACGUUGAGCUCUGGAGACGGAUCGGAUGGAAUUUUGGGUCAGAUUGGCAAGGAUCGAAAUGCUCGACGGAGAAAGGCUACAUCUCUCCGAAUUGGGCAGACGGUAGAGACAGUGAUGGAAGGAGAUGGGAGUAAUAUCCAAAGUAGUAGUACGGACAAGUCAGCUAGCGAGCGUUCUAGCACAGCAAAUGUGCAGCUCGGCACAAGAGACUUGGAUACCGUCAAGGCCAAGGCCCACUCGGAAGCGGCGCGACCCAACUCUGUUUGGGCAAAUAAGCCCAAGUCAUUGUUUCAAGCUGCAUCAGUCGUACCUGGAAUACGAUCCUCCCUAGGCAGUGCGGUCGGGGAAGUAAGAAAGGCAAUUUCACCGAUUUCGUUUCAGGAGGAUGAUGUUGGCGGUGAAAAGCUUGAGGGACAGAAUCGUAUGCUGGAUGUGAAUGGUCAAGGAGAGUCUGCGUCUGUUGAGACACAAGGGACGGCUGUGACAGAUGUAAGCUCCAAUGCCGAAGAUAUAGGUGACGUGAAUCAAGUAUCGCUGAGGAAGGGCCUUGCAAGUGGAGCGUCAGAACCGGAGAGCUCCACAAAGUCGAACAGAGUAGAUCAAGCUGGGGCGAACGGGAAGCAAACUAAUGCGAAAGGAGCCUGGGCUAUGGGUGGGCCAAAGGGUUGGCCGAAGAACCAUGGCAACGGAAACGGGGUUCUCGAGAGAUCGAGUAGCACAGCAGAUUCUUGAGGAACGCGGACUAACAACAAGUUGUCGGUCCCAGUCAAUGCAGAGAUGUUUGGGGGCAGAACGCGGAAGAGGUUUGGGCAUAUUCGAGGUAUACAGAUGGGAUUUGAAAUUCCACUCGACACUCACUAGAUUUUGCGGACUUGUGCGAAGAACAGAUGGGAUAUGGGACGUAGGCCGUGAAAUCUCUGCGGCAAUUGGGACGUGCGAUGGGAGGAAGGUUGACGUAGGGUAGAUGAGUUGUGUUUUUUUUUCUGAGGGCAGGCGGGGGACGCGGAGAGUGAUCAGGAGUCGAGGAAUAAGUGAGACGUCAGGCGGGUAUUUUCAACAUGAAGAUUCAACAAGGCAUGUAAGAGUAGUGAAUUGGGAACCGACAUGAAGGGAUUCUUGCGUAUGGAGCAGAUGAUUAUGGAGGGUCUGUGAUCGGGGAGGUGGCUUGUCUGUUAUGUUGCACAGUUUGUGGUCGGGAUCAUGAGGCAUCGUGCGAAGGGGUCGGGGAGUGGUUUAAGUGAACUGCUCAGUUCCGUCUUGGUACUGCUUGGAGAGUGGAAUACACAACCGCCUUGGGUGCGGAAGUCGGUCUGUGGGGAAAUGAAAGAUACGUUCCGGAGGUGAAAUUUGAGGGAGAUUGGCGAUGCUGGGUGUGUGUGUAGAAGACUCUGGAUUCACGACUCGUCUAAAUAAAGUAAUCUUUAACAAGCAA